GGAAAGGUUAACGACGUCAGAAAUUAUCAGGUCUUGGUGGUGGCGACUGAGACUUCCAGCAAAGAGCGAACUCAUAACAACAUUUUCGGGACCCUAACCGAGGAACGUUUCCUUGAUAUUUAUUGGUUAUCCUAAGCAAAUUCGUUUAGAUUUCAAUCACUUAGGCUCAAGUGACAAUAACCAGUUCCGACGUAUGAAAUGAACGGAUAUACGGAAGUAACUAGCUGCCUGCAUAGCUAGCUAACGUUAGCUAGCUUCUCUUGAGAGGGUCUGGAUGCCAGAACUAACAGGAGGCAUGGAGCUGGGGAGGCAACUGUGUGGUAAGAUGCGGCGGAACCGGCGCGCUGACCCGGCCAUCACCGCGCUGCAGAAGGGCCUGGAGGUGCACUUCUACCAGCCGGACGCCCACCAGCUGGAGUACCUCAAGGACUCCUACGUGGCCGAGGACAUCUGCGUGGAGGCAGCCAGGAGAUGCCGAAUCUCGCCUCUGUGUCACAACCUGUUUGCGCUGUACGAGGAGGGCCGUGACCUGUGGUACCCACCCAAUCACGUCUUCAAGAUCACAGAGGACACCUGCAUCAAGCUGCACUAUCGCAUGAGGUUUUACUUCACCAACUGGCAUGGCACGAGUGAGACGGAGUCGCCCGUCUGGCGCCACUCUCUCAGCAAACAACACAGGGGGGGCGUGGGCACGCAGAGGGGAUCCGAGGGCACCCCGCUGCUGGAUGCUGCCUCGUUAGACUACCUGUUUUCCCAGGGCCAAUAUGACUUUCUGAAAGGGCUGGCGCCAUUGCGGGUUCAUCAGAGCGAGGCGGAGCUGCACGAGAUCGAGAACGAGUGUUUGGGCAUGGCCGUACUCGCCAUCACACACUAUGCCAAGAGCAAAGAGCUGCCCCUGCCAGGUGUUGCUGCCGAGAUCAGCUACAAGCGCUUCAUCCCCGAGGAGCUGAACCGCACCAUCAAGCAGCGCAACAUCCUGACGCGCAUGCGGAUCAACAACGUCUUCAAGAACUUCCUCAACGAGUUCAACUGCAAGACCAUCCAGGACAGCAACAUCUCGCUGUACGACCUGAAGGUCAAGUACCUGUCCACGCUGGAGACGCUGACCCGGGGCCUGGGCUGCGAGACGGUGGAGCCCCGGACGCUGCGCCUGUCCGGGGAGAACGAGAGCGCGCUGCUCUCCCCCAGUCCCGGGGACGACGGCCAGGGCUACGAGACCCAGGUGUCCGGGACCGUGGGGAUAUCCUGGAGGAAGAAACCCGUCGGAUGUGUCAGCAAUCCCAUGAAAGACAAAUACAAGCCCAAGAAGACGAAGGACAGCACCAAGAAGAACGACAAGAAUAAAGAGGCUGACGAAGGCUGGACACUCUUUUCGGACUUCCAUGACAUCACACACAUCGUCAUCAAAGAGUCCACAGUCACCAUCUACAGACAGGACAACAGGAGAAUGGAGCUGCAGUUGGCGUUCCGCGCCGAGGCGCUGUCGCUCGUGGCGUUGAUCGACGGCUACUUCCGGCUGACCGUGGACGCGCAUCACUACCUGUGCACGGAGGUGGCGCCGGCCUCGGUGGUUCACAACCUGCAGAGCGGCUGCCACGGCCCCAUCUGCACGGAGUACGCCACACACAAGCUGCGCCAUGAGGGGAACGAGGAGGGGGCCUACGUCCUGCGCUGGAGCUGCACUGACUUCAGCUACAUCAUCAUGACUGUUGUCUGUUUAGAGGUGGACUGUAUGGAACCCAAGCAGGUUCCCCAGUAUAAGAACUUCCAGAUCGAGGUGAGCCCACAGGGCUACAAGCUGUUUGGAACCGAGACGCUCCACCCCAACCUCAACGAGCUGCUUUCCCACCUGUCUGGACAGAACCUGCGCACGGAGAACCUGCGCUUCCAGCUGAGGAGGUGCUGCCCGCCUCAGCCCAGAGAGGCCUCCAAUCUGCUGGUGAUGACCAAAGGCAGGGAGCUGGUUCCCCAGAGGCAGCCGCAGGUCAGCCAGCUCAGCUUCCACCGAAUCCUCAAGGAGGAGAUUGUGCAGGGGGAGCACCUUGGCCGUGGCACCAGGACCCACAUCUACGCGGGGGAGCUGAUCAUGAAGAGUGAGGACGAGGAUGACGCCGGGGGCUACCACAGCUCUCCCAAGGUCAAGGUGGUGCUGAAGGUGCUGGGCUCCGGACACAGAGACAUCUCACUGGCCUUCUUUGAGACGGCCAGCUUGAUGCGGCAGGUGUCUCACAAGCACAUCACCCUUCUGUACGGAGUCUGCGUGCGCCACCAGGAGAAUAUCAUGGUGGAGGAGUUUGUGCAGCUGGGCUCUCUGGAUCAGUUCAUGCGCAGGCAGAACAGUCCUCUCAGCACAGCCUGGAAGUUCCAGGUGGCCAAGCAGCUUGCCAGCGCUCUCAGCUAUUUGGAGGACAAGAAGCUGGUGCACGGUUUCGUGUGCACCAAGAACAUCCUGCUGGCGAGAGACGGCCUGGAGAAGGAGGGGGGGCCCUUCAUCAAGCUCAGCGACCCGGGGAUCCCCAUCACCGUGCUCACCCGAGAGGAAUGUGUGGAGAGGAUCCCGUGGAUCGCGCCCGAGUGUGUGGCGGACACGACUAGCCUGAGCGUGGCGGCGGACAAGUGGGGCUUCGGCACGACCCUGUGGGAGAUCUGCUACAACGGCGAGGUGCCCCUCAAAGACAAGCGGCUGACGGAGAAGGAGCGUUUCUACGCCGCUCAGUGUCAGCUGGCCACGCCCGACUGCAAGGAGCUGGCCGAGCUCAUGACCCACUGCAUGACCUACGACCCCCGCAAGCGCCCCUUCUUCAGGGCCAUCGUCCGGGACAUCGACAUGCUGGAGGAGCAGAACCCGUCUAUCUCUCUGCCAGAUCCCUCUACUCUGGAGGUGGACCCCACCAUGUUUGAGAAGAGGUACCUGAAGAAGGUCCGAGACCUGGGCGAGGGCCACUUUGGGAAGGUGGAGCUGUGCCGCUAUGACCCGCGGGGCGACCGCACCGGGGAGCUGGUGGCGGUGAAGUCGCUGAAGCCGGAGAACAGCGAGGAGCAGAGCAGCAACCUGUGGUGUGAGGUGGGCAUCCUCAAGGAGCUCUACCACGAGAACAUCGUCAAGUACAAGGGCAUCUGCAACGAGGAGGGAGGCACUUCUAUCAAGCUCAUCAUGGAGUACCUGCCGAUGGGCAGCCUAAAGGAUUACCUGCCCAGGAACAAAGUCAACACCAACCUCAAUACGCUGCUCAAAUAUGCCGUUCAGAUCUGUCAGGGCAUGGACUACCUUGGCUCUCGGAACUACAUCCAUCGGGAUCUGGCAGCCCGGAACGUUCUCGUGGAGAACGAGAGCACGGUGAAGAUCGGAGACUUUGGCCUGACCAAGAGCAUCAAGGAAAACGAGGGCUACUACACGGUGAAGGACGACCUGGACAGCCCAGUCUUUUGGUACGCCCCAGAGUGUCUGGUGCACGGCAAGUUCUACAGGGCCUCGGACGUCUGGUCGUUUGGAGUCACCAUGUACGAGCUGCUCACCUACUGCGACACGACACGCAGCCCCAUGACGGAGUUCCUGAAGAUGAUUGGUCCGACCCAUGGUCAGAUGACGGUCACCCGAUUGGUCAAGGUUCUGGAGGAUGGGAGGAGACUGCCGCAGCCCGAGAGCUGCCCUGAUACGGUCUACGCCCAUAUGGGGAGGUGUUGGGUGAACACACCAAAUGACCGCAUCGACUUCAAAGGCCUGAUCAGUGUCUUCCAGCAGAUGCUCGCCGACAGCCCACGCCCAUGAUGACCCGCCCGGCCUUACCAGCACAGGGAAACAAUGUGAAGAGCUCACCGAAGCUGUGGACAUUCAAGACUAUCACGCGCAUUUAAACACACACACACACACACACACACACACACACAGACAGACAGACAGACACACACACACACACACACGCACAAGCUUGAUGUAGCAGAGGCUAUUUGAUCUCUCUACUUGUGCGACCUCUCUUCUUGGGGAGAGUUCUUUUGCUCAUUUGCCAUGUUGCGGAAACCGAUGACAAACUGUGACUGUGAAACGACACCGACUUCCCGGGACAAACGAUGCAUGCGGAACUUUGCGGGAAAACGUGUCUCCACUCGAUUAUGCAAACAGAAGCGGUCGGGUCCUGCUCCCCUGACUCCGCAUCCGCCAUGUCAGCGUCCACACAUCUUGUACCCUUUUGUUUUUCAUUCGUCUGUGUUUUUAAGCACGCGUGUUUAUAAAAGUCCUGUCGGAACUGGCCGGCAGGGCCCCCAGAGCUGGACUGGACAGAGAGAGAUGAGGAGGAGGAGGAGGAGGAGGAGGAGGGAGGAGGAGGGAAGCCCUGUACAUACAGUAGCGCCACAGCGCUGCCUUUGCUUUGCAUGGGGGGGGGCUACUAGGGGGGGCGCGGUGGUGCACGUCGACCCCUGAGCCUGGACUGUCUGAGUCAGCAUGGAUUAUACAGAUGGCCACACGUGCAUUGGCCCGGUCACACACACAACGCUCGUCUGCGCAUCGAUGUGUGUGCGCAUAUAUGUAUGUGUGCUUUUGUGUGUGUGUGUGAAAGAGAGAGAGAGAGAGAGAGAGAGAGAGAGAGAGAAGCAGAGAGAGGAGGUGGGUUUUGGAGCGAGGGGCACUGCGCUGACCGCAUGGAAUAUUCCGCACAGCCCGCGGUCGCCUCUGAUUGGCUGAAGGCUCUUGACGGAUUCCCACGACUGCUUGAUUUCGUUCCUGCACGCCUGAGGGUCAGCGAGGCAUCAAGAAGUGCCCUGGACAUUUCCCUACACCGCCCCAAGCCUCCGCUCUCACGUCCUGCUAGUGGCUUCCCUCCCCGUCACGCUGUCUUCCUCUUCCUCUUCCUCACUUCCUGUUGAUCGCUUUGAGACUGAAAUGGACCCACGGAGCUCAUCUGGCCAGUCAUAUGUGUCCCUCAUACGCGCACACUCAUCGCCUCAUGCUUUGGCACUUCAGAAAUGUUUGAACAUGCAGCACCCAUUAUGGCCACUAGAGGACACCAAAGUAUAUUCUAUGUAUCAAGUGCUAUUGGACACAUAUUCUGAGCCCAGCUUUAAAAAAAAAAAAAAAAAAAGUUUCUAUAUUCUACAGAGAAAAUGAUGCUCCUUUGUAAAGGUGAUUUCAGAUUGUUAACAGAUUGUUUUGGACAUGUAUGACUGUAUGCAUUGACUUGUGGAGUGGGAGUUCCACAUUGCCAUAUACUGUAUGUGCAGUGUUGUGUGUAUCUGCUGUAUGGGGUGAUUGAAUCAGUGCCAUGUCUAUAUUACUCUCCUCCUGCAGGAGCCUGAGUGGCUCCGAGGUCCUCUCCCAGGCCAGUGCAUGUCUCCCUGCUCAUGAAGCAGAUGAACAGGGCUGCCUGUAUUCCAAGUACGGAAUACAAGUGUUUCUUCAGGGAGUUGGGGGGUAACUGGGGGGUAUUCCGUGGUUUAGUGCCAAACCUGGUUAAGUUAACUCCGACUAAGUGGUAAACCUCAUACAACAAGAGCCCUAUUGUUUUGUUAGUUGAAUGAAGCCAUGCAGCUCUUCCAUUAGGAGUUUUACUAACUUACUUUGAGUUAACUUAUCCAGAUUUGUCACUAAACAAUGUACUUGGAAUACCCUCUGAUUAUUACAGACACGUAGUGGGCUGAAUAACAGAGCAGACUUGGAUUUUGAUAGAGUUUGAUUUCUAGAUGUCUACUAUUUGAUGGUCGCAGAGUAUAUGUAAAAUGUGAUUCUUCUGAUAAUCCUCUUCUAUUCUCGUAAAGCUACAAGUAUCUCUACGAUUUAAGUUAAUGUGUAAAGAUUCUUUAUGACGAGAAAAAAAACAGCUUAGUCUCACUCUCUUAACAGCAUGCUAGGCUUGAGUGUACAGUGUGUGACUUUCACAGCCAUACAUGGACACAGUUGGAGUGAAAGGGGGGAGAUGAAGAUGGCGGGAGGAGAAGAGAUUAAUGCAGAGAGAAGGAAAAGAAAAGGGAGAGACAAGGGAAGUUGUCCCAAUGUUUUUGUUUUUAUUUCGGAAUGUAAAACAAUUCCUGUUUCAAAAGAACAAAAAUGAUAAUUCAGAGAAAUAAGACAGGAAAGUACGACAUGUGGGGGAUAAAAUGUACAUAAAUACACCUUUCAAAUAAAUAACAUCUUUUUUUCA